AUGUUUUCAAAUCCAUAUGAACAAAGCGUAUGAAAUACAUAUCUAAUUAAGAUCAUUUUUUCAGAAAAGUUUCAAAUGUCAAGCUUUUUAGAUAAAAUGGUUGAUGAAAUUGAAGAUUUUAAGUGCGACUGUAAAAUUUCAGAAUCUUGCAUAGUGUGUGAAACUAAAAGUAUAAAAUUUCAUAUUAAACUUUUAGAAUGGAUGUAGAUGCUUUAACAAUUUAAUGGAAUUUUAAAUUAACAAUGUAAUUUAAAAAGAAACUCUUAUAAUAGAAAUGCCUCUUUUUCCAGAAGAGAAUUUUAAUAUUCCAUUAUAUUUAUCAAAAGUUUAUGAAAUAAUACAUGCAGUAUUUUUAUUUAAAUCAGCCACAAUAAAAAAUCAAAAUAAUUAUGAAGAUGAAUUUUUUAAAAUUAAAAGUGACAAUGAAUCUUUAAAAGUGAAGGCUAAACGAUUAUAAGAAGAAAUAGAAUAAAAGUAUAAUUCUAUUUCAUAUAUUUGAAUAGAAUGAAGCUUAUAGGUUAACUAGAGAACUAAAUUACUUUAUUGAAUAAAUCAAAUAAAUUGGUAAAUGAUAAACUUGUUUAAGAGAAGGUAUUGAUAAAUUUUUAUCUGAAAGGAAGAGUUGAAUUAAAAGGUUAUUAAAAUUUAAAAUAAAGUAUAAGUGAUGUAAAGUGAAUUCAAAAAAAAAGAAUUGGAAUUUUUAAAAAUGAAAGAUUAGGUUAACAUAAUAAAUUAAAUAAUAGAUAAGAAGCAAAGAUAGAAUCAAUUAUGCUAAUAAAUAUGAUACAAUGCCAUUAAAAACUUAGAUAUCAUAACAAAAUAGUUUUGAUACAUGGAUUUCAACAAGAAAAGGUUUAAUUGAUGAAGUAUGUUCUUUACAAGAUGCGUUAAGUACAAUUAUAUAAAUUUUGAAUCAUUUUUUUUAAUCUUUAAAUAAUGGUUCUGAAUAGCUUAAUACUGAUAUUAUAAGAUUACCUCACUAAUAUGGUAAAAGUAUAGUUUGGAUUAAAUAAUAACUUCAAAGAUUAAAUGGUUAAUUUAAUAUAGAUGAUUAAUUUUUGAAAGAAUUACCUCAAUUAAAUUCAAGUUUUAUUGCAACAUAAUAACAACAUUAAGUAUCAAAAUAAUAAUAAUAAUUAAAUCUAUCUCAAAAGAAAACAAAUAGUAUUAACAACAGUGCUUAAAAGGAUUCUUUUAAAGUCCAUAAUCGUAGUUAAACAUUGCAUUUUUAGUAAUAAUAGUCUUUGCCUGAUGAUACCUUAAGUAUUUUAUCUAGGAUUUCUAUAAAUGAUGUUUCUUUAGUGGAAUCUACAAACAGUGCAAAAUUUGCAGAGAAACCUCCGUAAGAUAAAUAACAAUUAAAAAAAUGGGAUUUUGUAUUCAAGCAAUAAUGA